CACAUCCCCCUCCCACCACUUUACUCUCUCUCUCGCUCUCUCUCCCUGUCUCUCACUUUCUCUCUCUCUCUCUCUCUCUCUCUCUCUCUCUCUCUCUUUCUCUCUCUCUCUCGCUGUUAGCUUUCUCUGCUCCACUCCUCAGAGCAGAGCGCGUGGUGGUGUUGGUGGUGGACUUGGCUGCUGUUCUCCUCGCUGGAGGAGCGCUCGUGCUCUCCGCGCUCCAGGACAGAGUUCAGCGCGCGCUCUUCAGAUGGCUGCUGACCACCGCGCCGGACCCCGAACUGAGGAGCAGCACAGGAGUAACUGACACACAGCCGGAGAGAAAGAGAGAGAGGGGAGAGAGGGAUUCCCCCGCGCGUGUGGAGUAAACAGAGGAGACGGCGGUGGUUUGUCAGCUGCUGCAGCCAUGAACAGAGUCACUCAGACAUGAAACAUGAUGUCUGAGCUCAGCUGAAGCUGUCCAUCCUCCUCCCUCCGUCCUCCCCUGAGGGUGGACAAGAAGAUGAGUGUCACUAGCCGUCAGUCCUUCAACAUCCUGGCCGUCAUCUUGCUUCUACUUUCCACAGCAGCUCUUUCAGCACAUUUCCGGGUGUGUGAACCCUACACCGACCACAAGGGGCGUUUUCACUUUGGAUUCCACUGUCCUCGACUCUCUGACAACAAGACUUACAUGUUCUGCUGUUACCACAACAACACCGCCUUCAAGUACUGCUGCAAUGACACAGAGUUUCAAACCAUCAUGCAGGUCAACCUUACAACCGCUCUGGAAGGAUUCUCACACAAUAAUUACACAGCGCUGGUCGGCGUGUGGAUCUAUGGCUUUUUCGUCAUGGUGCUGUUGGCACUGGACUUCCUCUACUACUCGGCCAUGAAUUACGAGGUGUGCCGAGUGUACCUGGAGAAGUGGGGGCUCGGGGGCCGCUGGCUGAAACAAGCCCGCAGUCAGUGGCACAGAGCUGAGCAGGAGGAGAGCCAGACGCAACAGCCGCCUCAGCCUGGAGCUCAAGCAGCUCUCGCACACUACCAACAACAGCACUGUCACAACCAGCCCAGACACAGCCUGAAGGCCGAGGCCCACAGCCCGACGCAGACUGCACACAGCACAUCAAUCGCUUGAACUGACUGCAGGAAAUCACCAGUGAAGUAUUUGAUGGAUAACGUGGCUCAUGCUCCAGAAGAGUGUUGGUUCAGAUGUGCCUCCCUGUCAGCCCACUCUCUUCAAGCACAACCCUCCAGUUCCUCCAUAAGGACCUCCCCUCAGAACCAAGCUGAGCAAACGCUGGAGAAUCACUGAUACACCUGGGGUUACAGACCCAGCAGAACCGGUUAAUUAAAGGACCUACAGCAGAGCUUGGAUCUGGAAGGAACGGAGGUGAGAUGAGAAAUCCUACAUGAACUGAGCUGAGUGCAGUGAAACUAUGUCAGAGUUCUUCUGAGUAAAGAAACAAGUGUAGCUUUCUUCAACCAUGACCAGUUCACAGCGAGGAGCAGAAAGUCCAGAUCGUUCGUGGACACAUUUGACGAUAUAUUUAUAGUGUUUGCACUGCCUUGUGACCUAAUAUGGACUAAUUACUAUAAUGUGUGGUGGUAGGAGUAUUUAUUUGUACCUUGUUUAUGUAUACUAGUCAGGGAAUAUUAUGAGAAGCAAAUACUUAAAGCCCCACUCAGGAACCACUGGAACAGCAGCACUGCUCCGGAAAACAGUUUACAGGCCAGUAGGCUUAGAGUAGUACAGCUAGCAGGACAGUCACGUGUAGAGCAGCCAUCCAGGCCAUUCUGAUAUUAGGACUGGUAGGGCAGUGCUAACAAUGGCCUGGAACGUGCAGUGAUUCCUGAUUCGGGCUUUAAUAAAUGAUGAAUAUUGGUGAUCACUGUUUCAAAUUCACCUUUUGCCAUCCUGUAAUUUAUGACACCCCACCUGUGUUCCAGUGGAAAGAUAAAAAUGCAGCAUUUUCACAUCAGAUUGCAUCAGAUUUAGGGACGGAGAAAAAUGAAAUGUCUGUGGGUACAGGCCUUUUAUGAUUAAUUGUCUGGAAUUAAGGAAAUUAAGCUUUACACAACGUUUUUUUUUUUUUUUUUUUGAGCAUUUUUUGGUGAUAACCUGCUGUUUAUACACUAGAAAGGAGUCUGAGGACGGAAAUACAUACAUUACCCAAAAUACAUACAUUUGCUUAUAACGUUAGACCGUGGUACAGGUUGUACUAAGGGUGCACCAAACUAGUACUCUGUGUUGAUCUGAUACUGGAUAAAAUAAAAAUCCCUGGAUCAAAUAUCAGAAGAAAAAAAUAUAAUCUAAUCUGAUUCAUUAGUCUACACUGUAAAUGCAUUCUUAACUUCAGAACCAAAGCCUGUAUGUGAUCAAGCCUACAUGCCAGUAUUCUAGGCUUCAUAUGGUAGUUAAAUGUUGCGCAUUAUGUUAUUUACAUGACUAUGAUAAGCAAAGUGCAUUUAGACAGAGAGUUUGGAGAUAUCAAAUAUUCUAAUUGGACAUGAAAAAGUGAGAUCAUGCCACCCCUAGUACUCAGGUAUUUAAAUGUGCUGUUAUUUCUUAAGUAAUCACCAGGGAUGGAAAAUGCUUGAGUAAUUGUAUUUUGACAAUUGAGAAAAGAUGAUUAUAAAUGUUUGUCCAUUUCACCUUUUCUACACUAAAACUAGUUUUAGGGCGUUUUCACACCUGUAGUUUGUUUCUCUGGUCCAAAUCAAUUGAUGAGUUUGUUUACUUGGAGCGUUUUCACCCUCGGUUUGGUUUGUUUUCACACAGGCACAAAUCUAAACGCAUCGUCUAAAUGCGCCCCAACCAACCACACAAGCGAUUUGUCUCCUCUUAUUGGUCAGAGCUCUCUGUUGCGGGAGCAAAAAAGUAAAUAUAUAAGAUAUAUAAGAUGUUGUGUUCCAGACCAGUUUAAAUAUUAGUGCAGUGUGAAGCUGCUUAAACACUGGUCACUGAAAUCAGAAGCAAAGACAGCGUUUGUUCAUAGGUGUAGUAAUAAUCAUUAUAUAAUAUAUCAGAUUAAACUGUACCUGAACAGCCGUUUAGCUCAAACAUGACCAGAUCAUGUUCUCACCGCAAACAAACUACUCUGGAGUUUGUUUGGAACUGGACGGAGACCACCUCCAAUAGCUGGUCUCAGUACGAUUGUUUUGGUCCAAACUCGAGUGAGAUAACUGUUUUCUGUUGAUUACCUGCUCAAACCAACCACACAAUAGGUUCAAACCAGAGACUUUAAAAAAGAUGGACGCCGUGUUGCCAUUCCCAUUCAUUCAAUGAAAAUGAAACUAAAAUCUUCCGCCAUGUUGGUGAUCCUGAUACCAGAGUCUGCGCAGUAGAGACCAGAGGAGGGAGAAAGACUGUGGAGAGACAGCCUACUCAUUUAAAUAAAUCCGCCCCUGAGGGCUGCCUCCACAGAGCUAUACACAGUCUAUGGUCCCACCCAUACAGUCAUUGGUUUCACCCCAGCUAGGUGUAACCCAGCCCUUUUACAAUAACCACACCUUUUUGAAUUGAGCUGAAUAACGUUUUUGAAAAUUAAUUCUGUGGGGAUAUAAAAGCAGAGCAAUAUAAGCAGAGGUUACACUAGCUGUUGCAUUUAAAUAAUGGAAGUAGAAUUACACUAUAUUGAAAAAAAACGUGAUUGAAAGUUGUCUGUUUUGCCAUUGAAACCUAUGGGGAUGGGUGGAGUUACACAGCUUUCUCCAACCGAACAGCAGGGGGCGCCCGACCUGUGGUGGCUUCACUUUUGAGAGACGAUGCUAUACAGCUAUACACAGUUUAUAGUACAAACAAACCAGAGUCUGUUUUAAACAGGUUAAAUAGUGCUGGUGUGAAAAUGCCCUUAUUCCAAGUUAAUAAACGUUUAAUUCCAAAUAUUUGUGUAAGCGAAAUCAUGCACCACUUUUUACAAAACAAAUUAGGGCUAAUCUCCCAGACAAGGAUUGUUAAUACUUCCUAAACAGGGUUUUAAUGAAAAUGGAAUAAAAUAGGAAACAUAAUUAACAAGGCUUAAUUCUUGUCAGAGUAAAGGGUUCAUAGUUUUCAAGUGUACAUAUUUAAAUAUGUUUAUAUUUAGCUUUUGAGACAGUAGCCAUAUUAUCACUUCAGUACAGUUUCUCUGUAUUUCCACCCCUGGUGAUCUCCUCUAAACAUACUAAUGUAUGCUUAUUGUUUAAUCACACUUUCCCAUAGAUGUAAUUUCAGAGAUUGGACACCGGUGUGAGUUUAUCAUCUCCUCAAAACACCUUGGUUAAAUUGCACUAGGAAAAUAACUUGACUCUCAUUCAAAACCUUUUGUCAAAAAACAUUUGGUCUUAUUAAGAUCCAUAAAAUUGGUCAGUAUAGACUCUCACAAUUUUAGAAUAUUUAUAUUAAUUUUUUUGUAUUUCACCCAAAGUCAUACAUUCAAUUUGACGAUCUACAAGCAAUGCAAUAUAGUUCUUGUAUUUUUAAGCAAUGUUCUGAAAAGCUUGGAGUGUACAUAUGAUGAUGAACACACUCUGGAACUCAUUCUCCGUGUCCUUUGUAAAGCUUAAGAGUUUAAUGGUUCAAGUGUGAGGGAUUUCUUUUUUACUGGCGUCCCCAAAUCGACAUGGCGCGGUUUCCUAACUCACUGCCAAAGAACACAAAAACAGUACAGUAGAGGAAAAGGCACUGCGCUGAUCUAAAGCAGGACACUGAAGUACGCUCUCUCGAUGCCUAUACUAGCUAGCUGUGAGCUUCUGUCAGCCGUGUCUCUUCUUCACUAUAUACGACUAUAGUGCUGUAAUCCCUUGUAAUGAUCAAUAAGCUUCAGAAAUGGUAGAUGAAUUCACUGCAGGCAAAGUUACUAUUCAAAAUAGAGCCAAUGUCCAAUUAUACCAUUUUCUUCAGUGGAACGGUGUCAUCUCAUCUCAUGCUAGAGCUUGACAUUCCCUACACUGCAAUAAUUGGCCUGGCUGGAAAGCAGAGGAGAGGUGGGAAAUUACUCUCAGAGCUCCUCAUGAAUGGACGGUGGAAGAUAAAGAGAGAAAGAGAGAGAGUCGAGAAUUUCGAGCACAUCUGUAGCAGAAUCCUAAUUUAAUUGGAAAUGGGAGAGGAUGAUUGGAAUUAUGAGCUAUUACACAGACUGCUGUUUAAUUUGAAAAAGCACUCUAAGGGGAAUUCCUCAGAUUUGUUGAACUACUGCAUAAUUAAAUGUUAAAAGGUUAAAAAAAGAAAAGAAAAGUUUUUUUUAAUGGUUUGGUGUAAAGUGAUACAUUUACAGUAGUGCUGAUAAGGGCGUGUUAUACUGCAACACAAUUAUAGCCAUAAAAAAAAUAGUAAAUCUUCGUUUUAAAAAUGCAGGAUGCAUUCAAGAUGGAGACGUACAGUCAUAAUGAGUGGAUUAGGUAAUUGGCCGUGUAAAUUGGGGAGAAAAAAAAAAUUAAAUGAGAGGUACAUAUUUAAAAAUUUGUUUUCUUUAGUAAAAAUAUUUUUGCUCCACAUGCACCUCUCCGUUAUUAAUAUACUUAAUUUAAAUACUAAAAUUUCUAACAUAUUGAUAAACUGACCUUUUUUUUAGACUAAGACUAAUUCUGACUAUGGUCCACUAUGUUGGGAAAAACUGACAUUGCUAUGUUUAUAUUGCUGAGAAAUAUAAUACUAAAAAAUACAGGGAUCCAACAGGGUAUUAUAUUAAUGAUCCACAAUGUGUAUCCACAAUAUAAAAAACAUGGAAUUAUUUACUCAACAAAAAGUGUUAAACAAACCAGAAAACGUUUUAUUUUUAUUAUCUAAAGUAGCACAUUUUGCUUAGAUGACAGCUUUGAACAUCUUGGCUGGAUGUUCUCAGUCAGCUUUAUGAGGUAGAGUAACCUGGAAUGGCUUUCAGUUAACAGCUGUGCUGAACUCAUCAAGAGUUAAUUAUUUAAAUUUCUUGUCCUCUUAAUGUGUUUAAGAGCAUCAGUUGUAAAGUUGUGAAGAGGUAGAGUUGGUAUACAGUGAAUAGCUCUAUUUUAGUAAUGUUCUAAUGCAUAUUAUGGCAAGAAAUACACAACUAAGUAAAGGAUAAAAUCACUUUAAGAAAGGAAGGGAGUCAAAAACGAUAUGAUAAAACUGGCACUCAUCAGGACCACCCAGGAAAGGAAGACCUAGACUUAUCUCUGUUGCACAGGAUAAGUUAAUCAGAAUUACCAGCCUCAGAAACCACAAGGUAACAGCACUCCUGAAAAUAACCACCUAAAAAGUAUUUUGGUUUGUUUAACAAUUUUAAGUUACUACAUGAUUCCUUAUGUGUUCUUUCAGAGUCUGGAUGACUUUACUAUUCAUUUACAAAAUAAGGAAAAAGAAGACAUUAAAAAGAGAGUUUUUCCAAACCUUUGAGUGGUACUGUAUGUCAUGAAAAACAUUUGGAUGAAUUUUUCAAAAGAAAAUAAUUUGCACAAGACAAUGCACAUCCUACGAUGACUAUUAGACAUGUGCACAUUUUAUUAACUCUGAAGUUUCUCUAAAACAGAUUAUUUCACACCAAAUCUCAGACAUUUAUUUAUAUAGAAGUUCUGAAGCACUGGUGGAAUUCCCCUGUAAUAUCUGUCUAUGAUUAAAACGCGGCUAUAGGGCUCUGUUAUCAGAGGCCUGGUUUAAACAGGGAUUUACACAUUGUAAUGGGAAAGUGAACAUACUGUAUGUGAAUAAACUGAGAGUGCGAGGUUUACCGCAAUGAAGGACUCACCAUUCACCCUUUUACAUUUGGGUUGUCUUGGUAACAGUUGCCUUAGUAACUCUACACCUGUAGACAGCAGCUCUGUAGCUACUGGUACCUUAAAGCAGGUGGGAUGGUCACACACGCACACUUGCACAGCAUAUGCACACGUGUAUGCACACACACACCGACACACACACCAACACACACACAGACACUGACACACACAUACACACAUCUGUGAGCUAGUGCUUUGCUAUUAGGUAGAAUGUAUAGUCUUUAUUUCAAUUGUACUUGCAAUUGUUUACUUUGUACUGUUACAGAUGGGAGAAAUAAAGAUAUUUAUAACUCUU